UUUGCAGCUUCGAGGCUCUUAUACCUCCACUGGCAGAGACUCUGUGGGAUCCUGGACUAGACUGGUCUCAGAUAUUUUAAAAAAAGACAAGAAGUUGGCGAGAUGGCGGUGACAGGCUGUACGCAAUGCAUUAAAUAUAUGUUAUUCUUCUUUAAUUUUAUUUUCUGGCUGGCAGGAGGAGUGAUCUUAGGAGUGGCCCUUUGGCUCCGUCAUGACAGUCAAACAAGCAACCUCCUCAUUCUUCAGUUUGAAGGCAACCAAGCGCCUGGCACCUUUUACAUCAGUGUCUACAUACUCAUAGCUGUUGGAGCGGUGAUGAUGCUGGUGGGCUUCCUUGGCUGUUACGGAGCCAUUCAGGAGUCUCAAUGCCUGUUGGGGACGUUCUUUUUCUUUUUGAUAAUCCUCUUCGCCUGUGAAGUGGCUGCUGCCAUCUGGGGCUUCAUGAACAGAGACACGAUCUCCAAGGAACUGAUCAACUUCUACGACUCGGCAUACAUCAAGGCUGUGGAUGUGUCAGGCUCCCCCAGUAAAGACGCUGCCAUUAAGGUGCUGGAUGUCUUUCACACCACGCUGGACUGCUGCGGUAAAGGAGACGACACAGCGCUCUUCAAACAAGUUGCAAGCACUUUGUGUCCUAGAAAGUCUCCAGAAGAUUUUCUGAGGUCUCAGAGCUGUCACGACAAACUGAUCGAGCUCUUUUCAGAGAAGCUCUAUCUGAUUGGUCUGGCUGCUCUCGUGGUGGCCGUCAUCAUGAUCUUCGAGAUGAUCUUUACUAUGGUGCUCUGCUGUGGGAUCCGUAACAGCGCAGUAGCGUACUGAGCCCACACAGUAGUGACAAGCACUAUUUCAUGGAUUUAUUUUUGUACGCUGCAGCUCAUCUUUUCUUAUAAUUACAACUCAGCCUGGUGGAUAUUUCUGCUUUUUUUCUUUGACUAAAACAUACAAUGUUUUUUUUUUUUAUACGCUGCCUGUCGUCAACCCACCUUCUUUAUGGAGUAUUUUAUCUAUCUAUCAUAACAACUUUCUACUAAAUGUGUGGCAUAGUUCUCUGAGUUAGUGAACCGAUGUUUUUAUGGAUGUAUAAAUUGUACAUAUGCACGUCUUAUGUUAAUGACAGGGAGACUUCAUGCCUCCCUGCAGUCUUACUCUUUUAAUAAUAAUAAUGGAUUACAUUUAUAUAGCGUUUUUCUAGAAGCUCCAAGCGCUUCACAGAGAACUGACAACCCAUAAUUCAUUCGCUCCACAUUGACAUGUGGUGGUGGUAAGCUACAUUUGUAGCCCCAGCUGCCCUGGGGUGGAUUGACGGAAGCAUGGCUGCUCUCCCACCACCACCAAACAUUCAUUCACAGGUGUCUUGCCAAAAGACACAACAGCCGUGACUAGGAUGCCGGAAUCAAACCUGGAACACUCAAGAUGCUGGCACGGCUUCUCUACCAUCUGAGCCACCACGUCUUUAUCACUACUUUGUGUGUUUGUAGUCAGCUGUGUUAAAUAAACCAUCUUC